AUGAUUUACAUUCUUAUUAAUUCCUUGGAGUCUCCAGAACACCUCCAAGGGAUCUUGGAGUCCCCCAGCACACCUCCAAGGGGUCUUGGAGCCCCCAGCACACCUCCAAGGGGUCUUGGAGUCCCCCAGCACACCUCCAAGGGGUCUUGGAGUCCCCCAGCACACCUCCAAGGGGUCUUGAAGUCUCCCCAGCACACCUCCAAGGGGUCUUGGAGUCCCCCAGCACACCUCCAAGGGGUCUUGGAGUCCCCCAGCACACCUCCAAGGGGUCUUGAAGUCUCCCCAGCACACCUCCAAGAGGUCUUGAAGCCCCCAGCACACCUCCAAGAGGUCUAUAAGUCCCCAGCACACCUCCAAGGGGUUUUUGAAGCCCCCCAGCACACCUCCAAGGGGUCUUGGAGCCCCCCAGCACACCUCCAAGAGGUCUAUAAGUCCCCAGCACACCUCCAAGGGGUUUUGAAGCCCCCCAGCACACCUCCAAGGGGUUUGAAGCCCCCCAGCACACCUCCAAGGGGUCUUGGAGCCCCCCAGCACACCUCCAAGAGGUCUAUAAGUCCCCAGCACACCUCCAAGGGGUCUUGGAGUCCCCCAGCACACCUCCAAGAGGUCUAUAAGUCCCCCAGCACACCUCCAAGGGGUCUUGGAGUCCCCAGUACACCUCCAAGGGGUCUUGGAGCCCCCCAGCACACCUCCAAGAGGUCUUGA